AACAAAUACCAAAGCAUUCAAUACAUUGUGUCUGCGAUUCAGUGCUCUCUGUGUUUGCCAUUCAUUACACAAUACACACAAACCCUCCACUCAUUCACUUAAACUCGUCGACCAAUGGUUUCAAUCAAAACACUUCAUUACACUCACAGCUAUACUCCCACUGUCUCUGCCCUCCCUAUGACUCAUAGAGCGGUUUAUAUAUUAGUACAUAAUAUGCCCUAAACUGGUUCCCAUAGAUUGGGAGUAAUGAUGAGUUGAGUGGGAGUUUGUGUUGUACUGUGUGUUCGGUCAGACACUGUGUGUACGAAACAGUGGUUUCCAAUAGAUUUGGUAAUCAUAUGAAUGAAUACAAUAUUAAUAAAGUAUUACUCAUUAGUUUCGCAUCACUUUUACAGUCAAUAACACUAACCAAUCAUUCAAUCAUUGAUUUGGUCUUCAUUUGAUUCAAUUGCCACUCAUUUCUAGCAUAUAUUGUCCAACAAAUUAAAUCCGUGAAAAAUGUCGAGUUUUUUCAAACUGUUUGGCACUAAGUCUUCGUCGAAACAGUCGGCGCCCACUCCUGCGGAAGCCAUUCAGAAAUUACGAGAAGUGGAGGAAAUGCUUCACAAGAAACAGGAAUAUCUGGAAAAGAAACAAAACGAAGAGUUAGAUGUGAUCAAAAAGAAUGGCACCAAAAACAAAAGGGUUAGUCUUCAGGCACUCAAACGCAAGAAGAGGAUCGACAAACAGUUGGAACAAAUCGAUGGCACUCUGACGACCAUUGAAUAUCAACGCGAAGCCCUCGAGAACGCCAACACCAACACCGAAGUGCUUAAGAUUAUGGGACACGCGGCCAAAGCUCUUAAGCAAACACAUAAUAAUAUGGACAUCGAUAAGGUGGAAGACCUGAUGGAUGAAGUGAGAGAACAGCAACAAAUAGCCGAAGAGAUCAGUUCUGUCAUCUCUAAUCCCAUUGGAUUUGGUCAAGAGGUGGAUGAAGACGACUUACUUAAGGAAUUGGAAGAGAUGGAACAGGAAGAGCUCGACAAACAACUGUUGGACACAACACCCGAACAACAACUGCCAGAAGUACCCGCAGAAGUGCCAGUGGCGGUGCCCCGCACAAAACAAAAAGAAACGGAAGAGUCGGAUGAAUUGAAAGAGUUGGCCGAAUGGGCUAAUUAGACAUCACUCCU